AUGUUCGUCGUUUUUUACAUUCAAAACUCUUACAGGCAACGUUAUCAGGAAAAUUGUAAAGCUCAAUUAGAUGGAGGUAUCUCACGAGCUGAAGCGCUGUUUUCGAGUUUGGAUUCUGAUUCCAAAGAAGGAUGGAAAAUGGAAACAGAAAGUGCUCCACUGGAAACUAAAAUUUAUAGCAAAAAAGAGGCUGAAGGAAAACUUUUUGCUUUACAGGCUGAAGUUGAGUGUUCUCCAGAUGUUUUCCUCAAAGAUUAUUGGGACGGUUUUUGUGAUGUUCCAAAGUGGAAUCCAUCAAUUGCUUUCUCUCAACUGGUGGUCAAAUUGACAGAUCAAAUGGACAUCGCAUACUACAGAAACAAGGAUGUUUUUGCGGUUAAAGCUCGAGAUUUUGUACUGGUUCGUGGUUACAAAAAAUUGGAUAAUGGAGUUUCUAUAACAGUUGCGAAAAGUAUUGAGCUAGAUCGUUUGCCGGUGAAAAAGGAAUGUGUUAGGGGUGAACUUAUGCUUGGAGCUGGUCGAUUUUCACCCAAGAAGGAUAAUCCAAAUGUCACUGUUAUCGAUUAUCUGCUGUCUAUUGAUCUCAAAGGACUUCUGCCAAAACUUAUAGUCAAUACGGUAUGCUAUUUAUUUCCAGUACAGUAUUUUUGA